CCAUGUCCAAAUCCUCAGGAUUUCCGUGCGACUCAAUGUGCAUCUUACAAUAGCGUCCCAUACCGCGGUCGCCUGUAUAAAUGGCUUCCUUACCAAGAUCCUGAGGAUCCUUGCAGUCUUACCUGCCACGCCAGGAGCUAUAGUUUCGUCGCGAAGUUGGCGCCAAGUGUUCGAGACGGAACCAGGUGUCGGGAAGGAUCCUUGGAUAUGUGUGUGGAUGGUAAAUGCUUGGCUGUUGGCUGUGACUUACAGUUGGGUUCGGAGAAGAAAGUAGAUGAAUGUGGAGUGUGUGGAGGAGAUGGUUCAACCUGCCGUCGCCCUGUGUAUGUUUGGGGAAAAACGCCCUUUUCGCCCUGUUCUGUAUCAUGUGGAGGCGAGAAACUUGCUGCUGAAAUUCAGGUUAUUGUUAAGACCUUGCAAAAUACUGAAAUCGACAUUCCAUUUCAUUAUGCUCGUGGAUACUGCGGAGAUUUUAGAAAUGAGAAGGCUGAUGCUGUAGCAAAGAUAACCACGAAACCUCACAUUGAUUUAUAUCUCUGUGUUCCAGUUUCUCAUAGGAAGAGAUUUUAUAGAAAUGAUGCUGAGUAG